AUGAUAGUUGCAAACAAAACAGAGGAUCUUUUUCAACUCCCUCCGGCCGAUAUUAAAACCAGCUGGACGCACGCUCUGCUCAAAUGCACAUGCCAUCUCAUCAAGGACUUUUCUAACAAUCCUGAUUUAUCUUCGCCAUCUCUUUCCUCUGCCUCAUCUUCUGAUGAAUCGGCUCUAUUAGAAUCUGGUAAACGCAGGCGCCUGUUAUCUAAUUAUUCGGCUGGAGUUGAAGCAGCAGAAAUAUUAGGAACUUUCUCUCUUAAACUGGAUCAUGUUGAUGAAGAAAUAAAGCAUGAGUCAUGUACUCCGGUAAUUACGAAGGCUGAGAUUGAGAAGGAAGAGAAUUUUAGAAUAGCUUUCCCCUGUCCAUCAAAGUGCACGGGAAGUCCUCCAAACUCUAGAUCCAUUCAUACCACUUCUGGACUAUCCGAACUAGCAAGAUGGCGGCAUUAUGUUCAUGGAUCCGUUUCCAUUGAUCUUGAAGAUGAUCUUCUCAAAUCGGCCGCUAUAAAUGGCAUUAUUACAGCUGUUUUUUCGUUUUCCACAGACAAACAUUGA